CAUGGUCACAAACUGAAAUGGAAAACUCUGAUCAGGAAAAAGUCUCGGAUUCUGCUACUGAAUUCAAAGUUCCAGCACCCGUAAACAUUCCUUAUGAAAAACCCGACUGGAGUGAUAUAUCGAAGAUUGAUUAUGGUUUUGAAGUUAUAAAGGGUGGGCUUAGUGUGGAGAUAAUAGAUCUUCCAUCUAAAGAAUUUUUGGUUCUUGUAAACAAACAACAAAUAUCAUCGCGGAAUUAUAUCCGACUUCGUGUUGGUGACCAGAUAAAGUUUGGCGAAAGUACGCGAACAUAUGUUUUGCUGGGUCCGGAAGAACCACAAACGCAGCAAACAAUUAAGCCUAAGCUUCAAUCGAAGCCAGCACCUGAAACUACAAGCGUUACUUGGGGUUUUGCAGAGGAUGCCGAAGAUGAAAGCGAGGUUUUGGUAGCUGUAGCAAAAGAAUCUUGGAAACGUGACGAAAAUGCUUAUUAUUAUAAAGAUCCGAAAAAAGCAUUAAGGAAUUGGCUUGAGGAACCGGAUCAAAGAAACGGUUCGUCUACAUUUUUAAGCAAUAUUAAACAAUAUUUAUCCAAUAAUGUAUGCACUUUUAUGCUAACAGCUAUUUGUUCGCCAUUUUAUAGAGAUGCUGAUAGACAAGCAGCAAUUGAUGCUUGUGAAAAAUUGGAUAUGUUAGGCCUUCUGCGUGCAGGGCAAGACGAAGCUGUUGAGACAUAUGAAUCUCUAAUAAAACAACGAGAAGAACUCUUGGUUAGUAUUGAAGAAAUACGAAAUAAGAUACAUCAAGUCGCUAAAUCCGCUCUUACCGAUGAUGAUUUGGAUAAUUACAUGGAUGUGAUUAGAAACGAAAUUAAAGAUGAAUCUACUACUAAUUUAGAGAACACACUGCAAGAUUUAUUAAAGCAAGAACAACGUCUUGCCAGACUUAUAGAAAUUACAAAACCCCUUGACAUUAUGCAGCAUGAUAAUAAUUCAUCCGCUAUACCAAAUUUACAUGCUAUCAACGUUAAAGUUCCGAUUACUAAUUAUCACAAACUUUAUAGCGAACAAGAAUUAUCGGAUAUUAAAAAAAAUUUG